AUGAAGGUGAAAGACUAUAUUGUUGGUAUUGGGUCUGUGGACACCAAGUGGGCCAAACACGAGGAAGUGGUCCGACUAGUCCGGCAGGCCAACCUGGCCCUGAAGUUGGUGCUCAUUACUCCACUCACUAGAGCAGAAGUCACUUCAGGCAGCAGGCUGUUUUCUACAGUCAGUCUUCCCACAUCUCCGGUCAAGGCAGAGUCCCAAAGCCAGACUGCAGCCACAGAGCGGGAGAGGAAGAUCACCAACAGAAUCAGUGCCCCCUGGUUGUUUGUGCGCAAGAGUUCUGGAAAAGAGAAGAAUGGACCACCUUCAAGGCCAGUAUCUAUGUCCUCGCCACUGAUUAACGGAAGCGUGAAACAUUUUGGCAACGGCAACAUGAAAUCUGGACACUUUCUUCAUGGAGCAGAUGUUGAGUUGUAG